AUGUCACGACAACAGCGUGACAAGACUUCCCGGAAAAGCCACGAUUUCACACAGCAUCUCUUCUCGGAACACGCGAGUUAUCCCGAUCCCGUCGCGAAAAAAAACGCAAAAUCCCGAUCCCGCUUGCAUUUUAAGAUCCCGCAUCCCGUCGAAAUUUUUGUCCAGAUCCCGAAUCCCGCCAUCAAAAACCGGCUUAUCCCGCAUCCCGCAAAACCUAUUGUGGACCCUCCUCAUUGUACUUCGUUAACCGAGCUACAGGAACUGAACGACGUAGACGACUUAGAAAUCAGUCCCAUUCACUCAAGAAUCCUUCAAGUGUUGUCGUUUAUUGAAAACCAGAAAGUUUGCUCGGUUUCUGCCAGUCAUAGCGAUGCAUCGUUUCAAUGUCUCGACUGUGAUCGGUCGUUGUGUGACGAAUGUCUGAACAAUCAUUCUAUAUUUAUUAAAGAUCACAAAGUUAUUUCAUUGUCUGCAAUGACAAAGGAAGACAUUCAAUCCAUGUUGAAAAAGGAAACUCCUUGCAAAUCACAUGUCAAUCAAGAUGUUAAAUUGUACUGCAGUGAUUGUAACGAGCUGAUCUGUCACAAAUGUUUGAUAGAUCACCAUAAUAACCACAAAACAAGAUCGCUAGAGGAGUUCAUCGCUAUUCAGAAAGAUUCUCUGUUUAAAAACCUCGAAGAAAUCGAGAAAAUGGAAAUAAACGAGUAUGAAAAGAAACAGCAAGAACAAAUUGCUCUUGACAUCAAACGUGACGGACAAAAAGCUCAAAAACUAAUCAAGAAACUAACAAAACAGCUAAAGAAAAAACUAGACGAUAACGAAGAAGAACUUUUGAAUACCGUCCAGAAGAGCGUGACGAAGGCCGACAGGAAUUUACGCAUAAUACGUCACUCUCCUGCCGCGAAAGAAUACAUCAAUUACUUCAUUCAAAAUGGAACAGCAAGUGAAAUCAUUGCCCUCCAAUCAGACACACGAUGCUCGAAAGCAGUCACUUACAACGCCUUUGAAAAAGACUUGUGUGGGAUGAAAUUUCAACCUAAUGAACAACUUUGUGAGCAAGUAGAUUCGGGUGUAGGGUUGAUACUACAAGCCAUCAAAAGAGCAGACCCAAACAACAGCUCACUGCAAGCAGUAGGGGAAAAUGGUUUUGAAGCCAUGAAAAAUGCAACUUUGAAAGUGACACUUAGAACUUAUAAAGAUGAACUGUGUGAACCCCAACUAGAUGACGUAACAAUACACAUCACUCCUGAGGAUGACGUUCAAGUAGGCAAGAAACAAGUGACAACUGAUGGCCUGACAGAAGUAUCCUUUACUCCUCGUGUUCCUGGUCAGUUGACAGCAGAGGUUCAAGUACAUGGAAAUCCUGUAUCGAACAGUCCACUAGUGAUGGAUGUCAAACCACAGCACAUUAUGGAAAUGACCAAAAUUACUAAGCUGAAAGAAGCAUUGAAUACUGGAUCGAAGAACUUUACAGGUAUUGUAGUGAACAAAUCAAACACUAAGAUUGCUGUAGCAGACUGGAAGGCUUGUUGUGUCAGAGUGUUCAGCAUGGAUGGGGAUUCGUUAUUGUCAUAUGGUAGUAAAGGCAGUGGACAAGGACAGCUGAAUGGUCCAAGUGGUUUAGCAUUUCUGAAUGAAACAGAUCUGGUCAUAGCUGAUUACAACAACAAUAGAAUAUGCAUAGUGGACACAACCUCUGGUACACUUACUAGAACCUUUGGUUGUCUAGGCAACAUGAAUGGACAGUUUAGCCAACCCCGUGGGGUACAUGUUGAUGGUGAUUCUAACAUCAUUGUGUGUGAUAAAAGUAAUCGUGUGCAGGUGUUCACAAAGAAUGGUGACUAUCUUUAUCAAUUCACAAUACCUCUAGAACAAAGCCCAUAUGAUGUAGUUACACACAAUGGACUGUUUUAUGUUAGUGCUGAUGGCUCAGUGGUAAAUGUGAUAAAGAUGACAGACAACCAGUCACCAACUACCAUUACCUCUAUUGGUGGUGAGGACUACACAGAUGGUCGGCUACAUUACCCUGCUGGUCUAGCUAUUGACUGUGACAACAAUCUUAGGUGUGUGAUUUUAGAUCAAUGGAAGUCUACAAGUUUACUUUGCAUGGUCGUUAUGUAGGAAAGUCAGACAAACUUGAUGGUCAUCCCUAUUUCAUAACAUCACUAAAUGAUGGUCAAAUUAUCUGUAUAUCUAGAAAUGAUGUGCAUUUUUUAGAUAGUGCACUGAGUUUGAAUAGUUAGAAAUGGUCUUCAAACCAGUUGUUGUUAUUGCUAUAACAUUUGAUGUGCACAGUACAUGAAGAGCUUUCAUUCAGAGGCACAGAGAAUCUCGCAAUCUUGAAAACCUUUAUUAACUUUAUAGAAUACUUCAAAAACGGCCUUCCGCAUUGAAUUUAUGAUUAAAAGUUUAAGUUCUAAUAUUGAUAUCAAAAAAUUUGAAUGUUUGAUUCAAUAACAAAUAUAGUUUUGGCCUAGUUACCUAGUUACCUAGUUACCCAUAUAGUUAAAUCUAA